AUGCCGUCCCACGUGCCCUCCAAACCGGAGGAUAUCGAUACCAAGUCCAUCAUCUCUUUGCAAGAAUUAGAGCCGUCGCCUGUUCGUGAUUCCCUGGACAUCGAAAGCGGCGAAUACUUUCCUAGGGCCCCCUCUCCCACGCAACAUGGAGUUGGGAUUUCAAUGCCCAAACUCGGCCUUAGUGGUCAUGGCUGGGAUUCAUGGCUGACUGGGAUUCAAAAAUACUCAACAUACCCACCUACAGCUUUCUUCAUCCUACAUCUCGCCAACACCUCUCUCAUCCCACUCGUGACUCGCUCCGUACCCGCGAGCGAAUCCUACCUUCUACUCACACGACCCAUAUAUCAGGCCCCGGGGCUAGAGCAUCUUGUCUUGACUAUUCCUAUAAUUGCGCAUAUUGCCUCAGGAAUUGCUCUCCGCAACAUUCGUGCUGCGCGUAGAGCACGUCUGUACGGCGCCGAGACUCGCGCACAGCGGAGCACGUUAUAUUUCUGGCCGCGCAUGUCUUUACAGGCACGCACGGGAUACUUUGUUACACCGCUGAUUGCAUUCCACGCAUUCGUCAACCGUGCCACACCAUUGAUCGUCGAAGGAGGAAGCUCUGGUGUGGGACUUGGAUAUAUUGCCCAUGGCUUUGCUCGGAGUCCUGUGUUCUGGAAUGUCUUUUAUUUCUUCUUUGUAACUGCCAGUGUAUGGCACUUCGUUGGUGGCUGGGCGACCUGGAUGGGCUGGAGAGUGACCACAGCGCGCAAGGAGCGUGGCCAAAAAGGCUCAUUGGAUGGUUACCUUGGGCUUACAGAAACGAAGUCAAAGAGACAGCGCAAGAUGUGGUGGGUUGUCAAUGGGAUCGCCGCCGCUGGCGCGGCCCUCUGGCUUGCAGGUGCUCUCGGUGUUGUUGGCCGUGCUGGCGAAGGCGCGGGCUGGGAGGCCAAGGGGUGGAAUGAGAUGUAUAGUCACGUCCCGGUCAUCGGGGAUUGGCUGUGA